AUGACCGAAAGUAAUCUUCUGUGCGCGUGCAUGCUACGGUUGUCUAUUCUAGUCGGUCUUCUAUCAGUGGUGGUCACUAUAAUCUAUUAUACGCCUAUUCCCGAUUUUGAAGCAUCAAAACCAAAUUGUGAUAGAGAAUGUCAUGAACUGGAUUGGCCGUUAAUUUGCAGAUACAAAAUUGUGCUCGAGACUCAAAAGAUUCAAAACAAUUGUCAAAAAUGUUCCUCCAACAAUCAAACGGAAUGCCAACAUGAUAUUUAUUGUGAUAGAUUUUCAGAGAAAAUUAUUACUGCUAAUAGACAAGUUCCUGGUCCAUCAAUAAGAGUUUGUGAAAACGAUAUAAUGGUUAUUGACGUUGUUAACCGAAUACCCGGUCAUAGCGUUUCGGUACACUGGAGAGGUCAGUGGCAAAAAGAGACUCCGGUAAUGGAUGGAGCACCUAUGGUAACACAAUGUCCAAUACUACCACACACUACAUUUCAAUAUAAAUUUAGAGCUGCUCAAGCAGGAACUCAUUGGUGGCAGAUAUUAUCGGGCGACGAGUUGUCUGAUAGAGUAUAUGGAGCAUUCAUAGUGAAGCAGUCAAAACGCAGAGAACCUCAUGCCUCCAUAUAUGACUAUGAUGAAAUUCCACACGUUUUACUUGUAGAAUACACGACCAUCUCUCAAAAUGGUAUCAAUGAAAUGCGAAUUAAUGGAAUCGAAUCUAACACGUCGAUCACGGUACAAAACAAUAGCAAGUAUAGAUUCAGAACAAUAAAUACAGGAGGAGUUUCACAAUGUCCAAUUGAGAUAAAAGUGCAUAAACAUCAUUUAACAGUUAUAGCAAUCGAUGGUCAUGCGAUUGAACCUAAACCAGUAGACGUUAUUCAAGUUGAACCAGGUGAAACGUUGGACUUUAUUUUAACAACAAUCAAAAACCAAGGAAUUUAUGACAUGACGGUCACCUCAGAGGGUCACUGUAAGGAUUCCAAUCACACACACACAUUGUACAUACAUUACAACUCGACAUUACAUAACACUAUCUCAGACACUGACAAUCUUGUAAAACCGACCGAAUAUGGGGAACGACACUUGUCCAUUACAAGUCUUGAUAACUUACCCUACGAGUUAUCUGCAGUCGAAUUGAAAAAUACAAUUUAUUUGGGAUUUUCUUCGAUUAAAUAUCAACUUGGCGAAGGAAGGUGGUCAUUGCCGAAUUUCAACAACAUGUCGAUGGUCUUACCUUCCGCCCCGUUGCUAUUGCAACAGCCCGAAGACAUGAUAGUGUGCAAUGCAGAAAAUGUGCCACUCAAAUGUCGGUCUAGUAUUACGUCUUGCGAGUGUACACAUAUCAUCGACUUGCCGUUGGGUUCAGCUACGGAAUUAGUUAUUUUCGAUACAGAGCACACGCUGUUCAAAACGGACAGAUCUCAUUCAUUUUACUUGCACGGACACAGUUUCUACGUGGUCGGUCAGAAGAGCAAAGCGUUCGUCAAGUCGGCAGAUCAUGCAAAGAAGUUAGACAGUGAUUCGCACUUAGUACACAGGAAACUCGACAGGUCGGUGCUGAAGAACACCGUUGUCGUUCCAGCAGCAGGUGUAUCUGUCGUGCGAUUUAUCGCUGACAAUCCCGGAUAUUGGUUGUUUAGAAGUGAAAAAACUUCCGAAUGGUCCAGUGGCUUGUCAUUAAUUUUUAGAGUGUUAAAUCCCAGUGGAAGUUUUCCUCAGGUACCCGAAGAUUUUCCUAAGUGUGGAAAUUUUAUAGGUCCAGAAUUCUUUUUGGCCUGA